AAGAGGAGCGAGAAGGGCCGAGGCUGUGCAUCCCAGCAGCGCAGGGUAUGGGGGACUGGUGCGAGAGUACUUGGAACAGUGACUGCCAUCUGGUGGCAAGCCAGAAUCUUCCUGUAGUGUAACCUGAUGGUUUCUAAGAUGACUACUCUUGACUCACGUGGUGCGCACUGGCAGCAGGGGGCCCCGGAGACCCUGGAAGGCAUCUGAUGAAGGAGCCUGGUGCACUAACUCUGCCUUUCCACCUGAAUGGGUUGUUCUGCUUGGAUUCUGAGCCAGGCGUCCGUUCCAACAUGGGGCCUCUGAAGAAAAGCUUUGAGUUGCUCUUGUGGUUUAAUCGAAGACCAGUAUCCCAACCAGUGGGAAACCAAAACUGAAUCAUCGCACACCAAGAGGGGCAUGUGGUGACAUGGAGCCUGAAAUAAACUGUUCAGGAUUCUGUGACAGUGUUCCUGGCCAGGAGCUGACACAGAGACCCUUUCAGGAUUUCUGCAGAGCAAUUACCUCAUCUGACAGCAGGAAAGCUCUCUCUCCAGUGUCCCCUGUCCUCGUGGGCAUUGUUUGGACUUUUCUCAGCAGUGGACUUCUCCUGGUCAUCUUCUUUCUUGUCUUCACAAUUCGCUGCAAAAAGAACAGGAUUGUGAAGAUGUCCAGUCCGAAUCUGAACUUUGUGACCUUACUGGGCAGUUGCCUGACGUACAGUAGCGCGUACCUCUUUGGCAUUCAAAAUGAAGACGCACUAGUGGGAAGCUCGAUGGAAACUCUCAUUCAAGUCAGAUUAUCCUUGCUGUGCAUUGGCACCUCCCUGGUGUUUGGCCCCGUGCUGGGGAAGAGCUGGAGACUUUACAAGGUGUUUACCCAGAGAGUCCCAGACAAGAGAGUGAUCAUUAAAGACCUGCAGCUGCUGGGGUUGGUGGCAGCAUUGGUGAUUGCCGAUAUGAUCCUGCUCGUGACGUGGGUGCUUGCUGAUCCCAUCCAGUGCCUUCAGAUCAUCAGUGUUAGCAUGACAGUGACAGGAAGAGACGUGUCCUGCUCUCUGACCAGCACACACUUCUGUGCUUCCCUCUACUCUGAUGUCUGGAUUGCUCUCAUUUUGGGAUGCAAGGGUCUGCUCCUGCUCUAUGGCGCCUAUCUGGCAGGCCUGACGGAUCAUGUCAGCUCUCCUCCGGUGAACCAGUCCCUAACCAUCAUGGUGGGGGUCAACCUCGCGGUGCUGGCUGCUGGGCUUCUGUUGGUGGUCACCAGAUACCUUCACUCCUGGCCCAACCUGGUCUUUGGACUCACCUCCGGAGGCAUUUUUGUUUGCACGACCACCAUCAACUGCUUCAUCUUCAUCCCCCAGCUGAAGCAAUGGAAGGCAUUUGAAGAGGAAAACCAAACAAUCAGACGCAUGGCCAAAUAUUUCAGCACUCCCUGCAAAAGCUUCCACCCCCAGUGCGCUGACGAGCAGAACUGCCACCCGCGAGGAGCCCAGAGCUCUAUGGAAAGGCUCCUCACCGAAAAAAACGCUGUGAUUGAAAGCCUGCAGGAGCAGGUAAACAAUGCCAAAGAGAAGCUAGUGCGCCUGAUGUCAGCUGGGUGCCCCUCAGAUGCCCCGGAAAGGAGCACAGGCACCCAGGCGGAAGCCUGGGGCCACAGCACCACAGCGGGGGGGCCUUCGGAAGGCCCCUCUCUCUCUCAGAACCACAGUGAUGCCAGCCCAGCCGCCCCGGACUCUGGGAGCACCUCCAUGCCUUCCUCAAACAGACAGAGCCUCGAGGGGCCUGUGGAGGACCCCAGCCCGUCCUCAGGGCAGAUGGAGAAGGCAUCUGACUUGAACAACUUUUCCAGCUGUAGCCCGAAGCCAAGGGCUGAGCAAAGUGGGCGUGCUGAAGGGGGAAGCCAAGUACUCCCGGACCCCAGCCAGGGUCUCCUACCAGGUGAUGACUCAGUUCCCCAGAGACAGAGACAGCAGGAGAACUCAAAGGAACCCUCAGGGCGGCUGUCAAGGGUCAAUUCCGUGAUCAGGGAGAAGCUUCGGGAAGUGUUACAAGAUCUGAGCCUUGGCCCUGAGGCUCCCGGCCCCUCUUCUCCCCCUCAUCCCCAGCCACCCCUGAAGAGCCCCCAGAAGAUACCCUUCCCCAGGGAGCUGGGCUUCAGCCCAUAUAUGGUGAGGCGGCGGCAGCGGGCUCCCUCACGCUUCCACGGCUCAGGGCUCUCAUCCCUAGGGCACCGGGCAUGCGGGACUGGUUCUGGGGCGUGGGGCGGGCUGCAGGCAGAGAACGUGGGCGGCUCGAGUCCGGACCACCACCGCGCGGCCUACCCCAGGCCCACUUCCAAGAAGCCUUUCCUACCCCUAGAGCCCCGGGGCCGACCGGAGAUGCUGGCGCCCAGCCACCCUCAUGAGCGUGCUGCAGGCGGUUCUGGCCCAGCCGAACGUCCCACCGCUACCCCAAGCGGCGCCAGAACCUCCCCCGACCUGCCCGGGCGGCCUCCGGGGUCCCCAGUGUUCCCCUCCGCGUCUACUCCAUGCAGUUACCUUGACAGCGAGUCCAGCAGCUCCGACGACGACGAGUUCUUCUGCCGCUGCCACCGCCCCUACUGUGAAAUCUGCUUCCAGAGCUCCUCGGACUCCAGCACUUCCGAGCCCGACCCUGGGCCCGCCGGGGCCCGGGCCUCCUGGGAAAAGCCGUGGGCCAGCUCAAAGCCUGUUGUGAACUUCAAAGAUGACUUGAAGCCCACCUUGGUGUGAGCCGCAGCAGAGCUGGUCUGGGGACAGUGCUUGGCCCUACAUAGGGCGCACAAGGAUCCGGGGAGGGAGGGCGGGCUUCUUGCCUGCUGGAGCACAGACCAGUACCCUCCACACCGACCUGACUCUGUUCCAGCUCUGCCUGGUUCACUGCUUGGCCUUGAGGGCUUCUUGGUCUAAAGAAAGAGGGGCAUUGCCUCUCUGCUUACUACCUCAGCAUGACUCCAAAAGACUCCAGUCCAGUGGCUAAGAAGGGACCAUCUCCUUGGAUAAAAGGUGCUGAAUGUACGGCCUGCGUUCUACAGAACUCUUAACCUGCGGCUCCUGGAAAAUGCAGGGAGAGAUGGAGGGGAGUUUUCCGCAGAGCUAGAGUUAUGGGUUGCUAGUCAGCCAACUGGCCUUUUGGUGGACAGACCUGCCAGAAAGAAAAAUCUGUAUCUUUGGGCCUCCCUAUUCUUGGGAGAGGGUGGUUUUGUUUCUGCUAACAGUUGUGUACAGCACCUCCACUACACCCUAGAUUCUGGUCACAUUCAGCUCUGAGCCACCUCCACACUACUAUUCCUGGUUUGGGUGUUCCCACACUUAGGACCCCUAAGACGGUCAGGGUCUCCACGUGCCCUCAAGCUCCCCAGACCUCUGCUAGGCUUGUGCCCUCCCUCCCCACCUUGACUCUCCCGGUGGCACAAUCGGGAUUUUGGAUUUG